AUCAGGUGGUAAACAACUCAUUGAUACCGCGAGAGCCUCGUAGCAGUCAGUGAUUCAAGCAGACAGUACUUGCUAUUGUGCUAGGAAACAACUCGCUGUCGACCAUUUUGUUGGAUUUCUUGUUUUGUUUUUUUAAAGACCCCUGUACGUUUUCAAUAUGGGUUGUGCAUCAUCUCAGGCCGCCGGUUCUACGGAAAACCAACCAAAAGAUCAGAAUAAUACAGACCCACAAACAGAUAACAAGCAUGUAGAUGAAAAUAUAGAUUCACCAAAAGAUGGCGAAGAAGGUGGUCAAGAAAAACAGGACGCCGAAAAACCAGCAGAUGGUGACGAGCUUAAGAAAGAUGAUGAGGGUGCAGAACAAACGACAACAGGUGAACAGAACGAAGGCGAAGGUGCAGAGACAGAAGGUGAUGCCGAAACGGAAGAAGCGUCAAAAGAAACAGAUGCUGUGCCCCCGGAAAUGACGACAGAGGAAACGCCGGCUGCUGAACCAGAAACACAUCCCACUGACGACACAGAAGUUGAAACACAAAAGGAAAUACACGACACAGCAGACGACAUACCAGUAAACGACACAGCUAAUACAACAACCGAAGCCCAAGCAGACGCAGAAGAACCAGCAGCUGAAUAAACAACAACAUGCUUCAACUUGUAAAUCAACAUGUAAAUAACAAAAUAUAAUUUUUGACUAAAAGAAAACAAAAAAAAACAAAUGUAUGAUGAUGUAAAUUGCUGAUAUUACUCAUGGUUUAGAUGUAUUUGUUUAUGUGUUUCCAUGGUUUCAAGGGAAACACAUAAAUGAAGCGAUGACUGCAAAUGAAUCGGUGACUACAAACGAGGAUAUACAUUGAAUGAAUCGGUGACUACAAAUAAUACAUUUUUAAUGAAUCAUUCCUAGAUAAUAGUUAUCCAUUGAUUUGAAAGAACGAAUAUAUAUUUUCAGAUUAUUAUCGAAAUUCUUGGGUUUGCAUUUUAGUGCAAUACAUAAAGUUAAAGCGUCACUGUCGUCGCACCGUGUCGCGUUCAGUAUGCGUACCACACAACGCGUACGAAUGCGUUGUUUAUUUACGCGAAUCUAGAACGCGCGCUGCGCGACGACUGCUACUCGCUAUACAUGACUACUUUUUGUUAGUCCUACUACCUUCCCAAAUACUGUCAAAUAAAAAUUGCAUUUCGAAAUGGUUACUGUUUUAGCUUUGAAUUUGAAUAGGAAUAGAAAAACAGCAUAACGCAAUCCAGGCAAUGAAGUGUAGUCGGCGUUACCGAUUUUGAAAUGUUUUAAAACACUACAUUGUUUUCUCACUCCGUCCAUAAUCUUUAAGAUGUACAUUUUUUGAGAAAUCAAUGGUUAAUGGUUAAAUGUCAAAAGUACACAAUUUUGUUCAUGUUGAGGUGCACGGCGUCAUUCGAUAAGUCAAUAAACAUGAAACACGGACUAUUAUAUCCAGACAACUUUUCGUUUUCUCUACUAAUCGGUGAAUGAUUCAGUAUUAAUCCAUUUUUGAAAGUAAAUAUUUUAGCAACUUAUAUUUUCAUACUCUUAAUUAAUGUACUUGUUUCCUUUUGUCUUAAUUGAUAUUCUGCCCCAUUGUAUGCAAUAUACACUUGUUUUGUAAAUACCAACACCUUUAGAUUUGUUUUCCGUUGUGGUAUGGAAUAACAUAUCAAGAUGGUGGCCUUGCACUUUAACAUUUUAUAUGGGAUUUCAUAGAGGAUAAAAAGAUAAUGUUGAACGAAUUCAAGAUUAUUUUUUACAAUUUUCUGAUAUUAGUGUAUAUUUUAUAUUAAAUCAAUACCGUCUUAUAUUACUAACUCAAAAUAAAAGAACCCUAUAAAUUGUUGAAUUAUUUAUUAGUUCUAGGUGAAAGGUCAUGAGACCUCAUACUAUGGUGCCAUUUUCAUGAUGAUUUUGUUUGAGUCAGUUAUAUUUUAGAAAUCUGUAUUUAUUUAUUUGAUGUAGAUCUGUUAGAAGCACAUUUGUUUGAUAUCACAAUAAAACCGUAAUAAAAUAAUACUAUAUA